CAAUAAAUUGUUAUCAAACUUCAGUGACGUAGUUCAUCAUAUGAUAAGUUGGAAGACGUCGAUAGUUAGGCUAGAAACCGAAGAAUUCUGACCUUCAACUGAAACAAAACCUAUCAAAACAACGAUGGCUUCCCUCGGGAGUAUCGGAAGUGUAAUGGGGAAUAUAGACGACAUUGAGAAAGGUGCACAGGUAGCGACUAGUUUGCUGCAGCAGAGGGCCAAUGAUGUCCGCGCAAAUCGUGUCAACUGGCAGUCCUAUCUACAGGGACAGAUGAUCUCAUCUGAAGACUUCUCUUUCAUCUCUAAAUUUGACACAGCAAGCAGUGAAGUACGAAGAGCUAUCCUCACUGAAAACCCGUUGCAGUUUGCCAAGACAUUCUUUAACCUGAUGAGCCAGAUUGCCAAGGACCAGACACUACAGUACAUCCUUACAAUGCUGGAUGACGUUCUGCAGGAAGAUAAAUCUAGAGUGGAUAUAUUCAAAGGGUAUGCCAAACGCAGCAAGGAGUCGGUGUGGACUCCAUUCCUGCACUUACUCAACAGGGACGACAGAUUCAUCGUGUAUCAAACAAGUCGGAUCAUUGCUAAAAUCGCCUGCUGGAGUAAAGAGUCUAUGGGGGCGGAGGAUCUCAAGUUCUAUCUGAACUGGCUGAAGGAUCAGCUCCGACAGCCUGGUAACGAAUACAUGCAGACGGCUGCCAGGUGUCUACAGAUGAUGCUGCGUGUUGAUAUGUACAGACAGGUGUUUGUGGAUGUGGACGGCAUAUCAACUAUCGUUAUGGUCCUUGCUGGCAAGGUGGGAUUCCAGAUCCAGUACCAGUUGACAUUUUGCCUAUGGUGUUUGACCUUUAACCAUGUGUUAGCUGAAAAGAUGAACAAAUACAGCAUCAUUCCAACUCUGGCCGACAUUCUCAGUGAAAAUGUGAAGGAAAAAGUAUCAAGAAUUAUCCUUGCAGUUUUCAGGAACCUGCUGGAGAAGCCAGAGGAGACAGAAAUGGUUCAGGAGCAUGCCCUCGCCAUGGUACAGUGUAAGGUUCUCAAACAGCUUGAGCUGCUGGACUCACGGAAGUUUGAUGACCCAGACAUCGUGGACGACAUCUUGUACCUUAAUGAAACCCUCCAAAAGUCUGUGCAGGAUCUGAGUUCGUUUGACGAGUACUGCUCAGAAGUGAAGUCAGGAAGGCUGGAGUGGAGCCCAGUACACAAAUCAGAACGUUUCUGGAGAGAAAAUGCCCCUCGACUCAAUGAGAAAAACUACGAACUUCUCAAGAUUUUAGUCAGAUUAUUGAGUGACAGCAAAGACCCCCUCAUCUUAUCCGUGUCUGCCCAUGAUUUAGGGGAGUAUGUGCGAUACUACCCCAGAGGUAAAAAUGUCAUAGAACAACUUGGAGGUAAGCAGCUAGUCAUGCAGUAUCUAUCCCACGACGAUCCUAACGUGAGGUUUGAGGCUUUGAUUGCGGUGCAGAAACUUAUGGUACAUAACUGGGAAUACCUCGGUCGACAGUUACAGGACACCACACCCAAAGAUGCGCCGGGUCUCGUCUCGGCCAAGGCCUAGUCCUAGUCCCGUCGCCACAUUGCUGUUCAUCGCAUAUAGUGAGGUAGAUGAAAAAACGUGCAAUGCAAGCAUUCAUCGUGAAGAUUGUUACCGUUUCCAUUGGACGUGGUGAAGAAGAAAAUAGUUUGAGGUUCUUUCAUCACCAAAAUCUUAAGUGCUUUCAUCACGUUACGAUAUGGUCGUUUAAAUUUCGGGAUCAUUCCUCCAUGACCAUCUUUUCGUGCAUUAUGCUUACUUUAAUGAAUGUGGACUGUAUGAAAUGUGUCUAGAAAGUGAGAAUUCACAGAAUAUGUUAAUGUUUGUUUUUUCUAAUAUUUUUUUUUUUUGUACACAUGAUAUUAUUAUCAAAAUAAUAUUAGUUUUUAUAGAGAAAGAAACUAAUAGAUGGAUGGAAAUGCAUCUGUGAUGUGAUUAAACAUAAUGGAGAAUUAGAAUUACAAAAAAAUCAAUAACAGUAGAUAAUUAUAGACAAAUUGUAAUCACGGGACAUAUAUUUCUUUAAUCUAGAUCAAGAGCUAUUACAGAAUUAAAUAUAUGGGUUGCCCGAUAGCUCUUCACCACUGGGUCGCGGGUUUGAGGUGUAUGUGUGGCAGUCGCCAGGUACGCGCCGUAGGUCAGUGGUUUUUCUCCGGGAACUCUGGCUUUCCACCACCUCCUGGCACGUCCUUAAAUGACCAUAGCUGGUAAUAGAACGUAAAACACAAACAAAUCAAACUAAAUCUUUCUUAAUAGCAGGUUAUGAUAUCAUUAUAAUCCUAUGCUAGAUCCAUCUGUUAUUGUUGAUGAACAGUACACGUUUAUACGCAAUUAUGAAUGAGAUGAUUUUUUCUCAAUUUGAUGUUAUGUGAAAAAACCAGGACAAAAAGUGUGCUUCCAAAUUUAUUGUUUUAAGUGCAGUGCAUCAAAGGUACAUUGAAAAUAGUAUUUGUUAUGGAAAGAAAAAGAACUGGGUUUUGCCGAAGUGAUGUCUGCCUAAUUGAUUUAUCACAAAUUCAUCACAUUUAUUACAGAAUCAGGUUAAUUAGAAGAAAAAAAGAUAAUAAUUUAGUUAUAAUUAUGAUAUUAAUUGCUUUGUACACAACAACUUGUGUGCCGACAUAAUACAUUCCGAUUUGCAGAUGUAUAUAUAUAUAUUAGCAAAAAAAAUGGGUCUGCUAUUCAUCAUUUAAGUACAUAAAUAUGUGUGGUAAUUGCAUUAUUCUGGUUAUUUUCUGUUGAUGUUCCUAUCGAAUAUCAGGGUAAAUUGUUUGUUUUGGAAUGAACUUGUUUAAUAGGAGGGGCACGCUGGGCAAGUAGUUAAGGUGUCUGACCGACUACGACCACUAGCCCUCCACCAAUGGGUCCUUUGUUCGAGACCUAAGUUGGGCAAUCACCAGGUAUUACUAAUACUAUUAGUCCCAGCUUUUUCUACGGGAACUCCAGUGUCCCCCCACAACCAUAACAAGGUCCGUUUUUUGUUUAAACGGUUGAACCGGUGGGCAUAGUUGUUGGUUUAAUAAAUUAGGUCUGACCUGGUAAUCUGAUGCUGCUUUUAGGCGAGCCUUGACAAAGCCUUGCAUUGCUUGCAUAAGCAUUUGCAGGUGCGCCAGAAUUUAGACCCGAGAAUGUUACAUUUAAAGACAGUCAAACCGUUUGUUCCGCAUAAACGAACAGGCCCGUGGUACAUCCUUAAAUGACCAUGGUUGUUACUAGGACAUAAAACAAUGACAAACCAAUGGUUAAUAGAACUUUUUCUAAAUAUUGGUUUGAAGCUUUCUCUAUGAUAUGUUAUGAUAGAGGAUUUAUUCUACUAGAAAAAGUGAAAUUAUUUUGAAGUUUCAUGAAAAAAAUUAGAAAUCCAUUAUUUGUUGUUGUUUGUAUCCUUGACUAUAAUUUUCAUAUUUUCCUGCAUAUAAUGUAUUAAGAGCAGAUCAGAACAAAUGACACAGAGGUGUUUUACCUUAACUCAUUCACCCCUGAAAUGUCAUAAUGAACUAUUCUAACCUUUGCAUUGGAAGAGUUCAAAUGCGUCUCCAGGGGAUGAAUGAGCUAAAGGUAUUCACAAAAAAAUACAAAGUUAAUAGUUGUAUUCACAAAGAUGAUACAAUCUUUGUCCAAACAUGAAUUAGUUAAAAUGUAAUAAAUCGUCAAUGACAUUGAAUUGGUACUGGUCUCCAUUGUGAAACUUUCCUACACGAUAGUUGUAAUAAUACACGGAUGAUUGUAUAUAAUAUUAUGCGAUACAAAUGAAGCUAUAUUUGAUCUAAAUCACUGUAUAUUGUACAUUUAACCCUUUCACCAACUUUAGUAGACUCUACCAUGCAUUGAUCUGGAUGAGUCCAUUAUGGUCUAUAGUGGUGAAAGGGUAUCCAGAGGAAAUGCUCUCUUACGUUCUUUUCUCACCUGCAAUAUGGCAAGACAAAAUCAAAGGCGCAUGGCUUUAAGAUAGUUAAAAACCUGACCAAUCAGUAGGCUGGGACUUGUCCUUUAAAGAUUACAGAGGAACAACACCUGACCUCAGAGCUAGUCAAAAUUUACCGCAUGGUGCUACGCGAUUCUUUUGAUGUACAGGAUCAAACUAGCCUACCUGUAUCGUCCACAGGGUGGUACGUACAGGGCUUUCAAUUUCAUCAGGAAAUAUUUCAGGGGUGCAAAGAUCGUAAUAGAGCUAAUCCACGGAAUUUUGAAGAUUUUUUGUUUUUGUUGUUGUUGUAUAAUUGAAUGAAGAUUGGGUCAUUAGUCUAUAAAUAAUAUGCUAGUCAGAAAAACGAUUUAUUGAUGUUUUCUUGAUGUGUUACCACUCUCCUGAAUACAGACUUAGUGCAUUUUUGGUCAUUACAGUAUUUAUCCGGCAAUAAGCCCAUGCCUGGUAAUAAGCCCACCUAAGAUCAGUUGCAAUUAUCAUAGUAAAUAGUAAAAUGCCAACAUUUUCGUGGUCCUGUAAUAAGCUGUAAUGAGUCGGAGUUUAUGUGUCACACUUGGUGUAUUGCAGGAUAAAUAUUGAAGAAUAACAUAUCUCUAAUAUAAUAUAGCAGUUUUGAUUUAAACAAGCAGAGUUGGUUGCUUACUCAAAUAAAUGGGGAACACUAAUUCCACAGACGCAUCUAUAUCUUGUAUAAUUUUUUUUUUUUUUUUUUUAAAUUCUUUCAAAGAAAUCAUUAAAAACUAAAUCGGUAAAACAAACUGUUCAUGUUUUGUUUUAUGUAUUAUUAUCUGAUUUUGCUAAUAUUGUAUUCAAGUAAUGUAUCACAAUUUAAUUAGUCCAAUUGUAUAUAUAUCAUUUUAGACUGAGAUGACACUGAUUUGUUUAAAAUAUUGUUUCUUUAUAAAAAAACAGAGUUAAAUGCAUUUAGACUGUAGAUAUUAAGGGUGUAUUUAACUUCUAUAUUUUAAUGCUAUAAAAAAUGAAAUGCAAGAUAAAUCACGUUUAUUACGUUUUCUUUACCGGUCUUUGAGCUUACCCUGAGCUUUCAUCAGUGUUGAGUUGAUUUGCUGGAAUAAUUUCAAGACCAUGUAAAGCAGAAUUGAAAGAUGAGCAUAAACUCUGGCAGAAAGCUGCAUUUCCUGUUUGCAUCUUCAAAUUCAGGAUUAUUUUCAUAACCUUUCAAAGGUUGUCUAAACUUACUUUAAAGGGAAAAAAACAAUUUAGGAUCCCCGUACCGCUACCGAAAACUUGAACUAUGCAUUAGUGACUGUUUUUUCUGACAUGUCAAUAGCUUUGAUAAAUAAUUUCUGAAAAGAAAACCAUAGCAUACAGGGAAAUUUAUUACGAAUAACAGAGAUGAAAUAAACAAUGAAUACAUCAACAACAGUGUUGUGAGUGUAAAAAGUAUGCUGGGCUUGACUGGGACUCGAACUCUGAACUUCAGAUUUUUAUACUCUAAUCAACCUUGCCUGACUGUACUUCAGCUAUGUUCAAUACGAAACUAAGAGGAUUUUAUUGUAUACAGAUUGUAUAUAUAUGCAAAAAGACAGUACAGUGGGACGGGGAUCCUUGAGGAAUUUUUAUUAAUGAAAAAAUAUAUAAAUCACUAGAUCUCUGUCUGUUGGCAAUACAUACUCCUACAUUCUGUUUGUAGGACAAGAAAUAGUCAUACAUUUUAUAAAUAUAAACACACGAAAUGUAGGAUUAUUUAUUGUAAGUAGGCGGAGAUUUUAAUGAUUUUUAUUUUGAAGAUGUGAAGAAGAUUGAACAUGUUGUAUCGUCACGGAAUUAGAUGAAUCUAAGUCCGCGGUAUCAUUUAUAUCUAUAGUGAACAGACUUCUAAGUUUUGGUGCUGUGUAAACGUUUGUAGGAUUAAAACAAAAAGUGACUAUGAUCGUUAGAUAUUGAUUUGAAUGACCAUUUAUAUCAUGUAUGAAGAAUGAGUCAUGACAGAAAAGUUGAAAAAAUAGUGACUUCUUGAUUAAUUUAUAUAUAUUAUAUUACUGAAUGAGGUUUAUUGAGGAAAGGGUAUCCUUGUUUAUUGAUGUAUCAGACAAUAAAUAAAUUAUAUAUGUAAACAAGAU